AAUCAAUUAGGUUAUAAGAGAAUAAUUUAGUUACUUUUGGUAUAUUGAUCAAACAGUAAAGCGUCAUAUAUUUAAAUAAAUUUAACUAAUUUCAUAAUUAUAUCUUUUAUUUCUUUUUCUUUAACCGUAAAGAAUAGAUUAAUGAGUUUUCGGCCUAGUGGGAGAGCUCUAUAAAACUGGAAUAGAAGUAUGAGGUUCGAAACUCCAUGAAAUGAUAGUUCCUUAAAGAUUUGUAAGACAAAAAAAAAGAAAAUUAGGAAAGAAAGAAAAAACAUUACGCCAAAAAUUAGUUAGGUAGAUAGCCGCUAGUGACGAGUAUGAUUUUUAUUAGUGAUAAAAUACAUUUUAAUCUUCUUCCCGGUUCCAUCUUCUCAGCAAAGUGGGUUACAUCUCAAUAUAUAAACAGAAACAUUAUAGACAAAAUUCGCAAUCAUAUUAAAACAUUACCAAAUUAGCAAAUUUAUUGGUUGGUUAAUGGAAAAUUAUCAAGUAAUUUUCAACUACUGGUAGGGGGAUUUCAUUUCUAAUUUCAAAAAAAUAGUAGGAACAACUUCACAGUACCUAAAGCACAAAACAUUCAUGAUUUUCUUCCCAAAAAACUUUGUGUAUUAUGUUGCCUUAACAUUAAUCGAAUUUUCCUAUUUAAGAAAUCAUGUUAACUUUUUCCCAUCUUACUGUCAUUUUUGUCUAUAAAUACAACAAGGCAAUAAUACCCUCUAAAGUAUUGCAUAAAGCAUGGCUUCUGCAGUGACAAUCUUCUCUCUCAUUUUCCUUCUAUCAACAACUGUUUAUCUUCAUCACCCAGUUCUUGCAUGGCGGCCCACACUGAUCGAAACAGACAAAUUGAUGUGCAUCACGUACAGAGUGCACGUCAUGAAUGGCCUGAGCAGCAACAAGGAUCCAUUAUUCCUCCAUUGCCAAUCGAGAGAUGAUGAUCUUGGUGACCACACACUGUACCUUGGAGGAGAUUUCAACUUCAAGUUUCGUAUCAAGUUAUUUGGGAAGUCUACUUGGUUUAGCUGUGAUAUGAUAUGGGGUUCAAAGCAUCAACAUGUUGAUGUUUUCACAGAGAAAAUUGAAGGACCUAUGUGCUGUAUUGAGGGUAAUAGUUGCCACUGGCGAGCACAAGAUGAUGGGAUCUAUUUUAGCAUGAAUAAUGUGGACUGGAUUAAAAGAUAUGAUUGGCUCCAAUGAUACAUAUAGAUAAAAAUAUAUUCAUGUUUCCUAAAGUUCAAAGAAAAUAAAGUGAAUGAGUGAUUUUAA